AUGGCAUUGUCGCAGGCACGUCGUGGUGAGCGCCAGCCGAAGUCGGCACCGAGCGCUUCAAAGACGGAGAAGAAAGAGAAGGCACCUAAGCCUAAAGCGCCUAAGACCGAAGAAGAUAUCGAUCUUGACGAUGAUGAAGCAUGGCAUGAAGGCGAGGACGAAGCUGGCAUUUCGCAAAAGGGCCUUGAACGUAUGAUGCGUGCCCUUGGCAAAGACGGGCUAAGCGAGAUGGACCUUGCUAUGCUUGAACAGAUUCGUGGAGAUGAGGAGGAAGAGGACGACGACGACGACGAAGAGGAAGAGGAGGAGGAAGAGGACGACGACGACAACGAAGAGGAAGAGAAGGAGGGAGAGGACGACGACGACGACGAGGAAGAGGAAGAGAAGGAGGGAGAGGACGACGAUGACAACGAAGACGACGACGACGACGAAGAGGAUAAGUCCAUUGAUGAGGCUGAGGAAGAAGACGAGGACGAAGACGAAGACGCGUCGAUGUCUGCGCCUAAAGAUUCACUAGCUGCCAGUAUUCUUCGCAGUGGUCUUGUUCCUGAGGAGGACGAAGAGGAAGAUGAUGAUGACGACGAAGAAGACGAAGAAGAAGAAAACAAUGACGACGAUGAGCUGGUUGAAAUGGAUAAGCUAGCAGCCGAUGCUCCCUUGUCGGAGGAGGCGUUGGCGUCGCGUCACAACCGCAUUCGCAUCAAUCGCACAGACGCGUUGGAACGAUUGUACCAGGACUUCCGUUUGGAUGGCCCUAGCUCGCGGGGCACGAUGCCGUGGAUUGAGACUAUGGCGCUUACAUAUGAAAAGACCUUGGCGGAGGAAGUGCCCGAUGCGCAGAACGACUUGGAUCGCGAGCUGGCCUUUUACCGCCAGUCAUUGGAUGCGGCCAUGCGCGGGCGUGAGCGGGUCUUGGCCGCAAAGGUGCCGUUUACACGCCCCAACGAUUACUUUGCUGAGAUGCUCAAGACAGAUGAGCACAUGGAACGUGUUCGUCAGCGCCUGCUGGAUGAGUCGGCCAGCAUUAAGGCUUCAGAAGAUGCCAAGCGCCAGCGUGAGCUCAAGAAAUACGGCAAGAAGAUCCAGACGGAGAAGCUUAUGGAGCGUCAGCGCAACAAGCGGGAGAUGGAAGACAAGGUCAACUCGCUGAAGCGCAAGCGGCAAAGUGGCUUGGAGUUGAACGAUGACGAGUUUGAUGUGCAGCUCGAAGAAGCGCUGGGCGAGCGCAAGGAAACGGCGCGUCGUGCCCGUGGUAAGAUGAGCAGACAGAGCCGUGAUCAAAAGUACGGCUUUGGCGGCAAGAAACGGCAUCAGAAGUCAAAUACGGCAGCGAGCACGGACGACUUUGGCGGUGCUGUACGACGCGGCAAGCCUGGCCAGCGCCCGAAGGCGAAAAAGACACAGCGGCCCGGCAAGUCCAAGCGUGCUGCCCGACGUUAA